UCAAAAUAUAACUUUAAUACUUACUUUAUCUCAAAAAAAUAUAUAUUUAAAACUAUAUACGCAGUCAAAAAUUUGGCAUAAGUAAGGAGGUACAGAAACUCUAAAAAAUGAAGAGGCGUGUGCUGGGAAGAAAGUUAUACAAAGUGUAAAUUCUUGAUUCAAGAAGUGGUACGCUAUUACUCCUAACCUUGCAUAAAAGUGUACUUGUCAAUCAAUGCCCAGAUGCUGUCCUCUAAAUUAAGAGACUAACAAGAAGCAAAUUUUGUUUAAUGUUCCACCUUCAUGCAUACAUAUUUAUGUAUUUAUGUCCUCUAUGUAACCAAAUUUGCUAAUUGAACUUACAAUGAUCGAGGAGAAAAAAGUUUUGUCGGGGAAUUCAAAACGCUCCAUCGACGAUGGUUCAUCACCGAAGUAUGUAUACACUGGACGUAUGCUGGAAUUGAUUGAGGCUUAUAAUGUUGCCGUGCAAAUUUUAUAUCCAAAGUAUCCAUGGUAUAUAUUUCCAGGACAUCUCACCUAUGAAAUUUAUAAGCGCUACAUAAAAUUUUAUAAAGGUAAAUUUCGUGUAGUGCCCAUACCGAAUGCUUUGUAUGAGCAUUUAAUAGGAAACGAACUUAUAAAAUCAGAGCAUAUUGUUUUCGCAACAAAGGAUGUCUAUGAUGAAUAUGCCGAAUCGCCCGAUGUAAAUUUUAUUAAUUUGGUUGUAAACGCAGAGAGCAGUUUAUAUGGACCAACCAUUGACGACGCUUCAAAAAGCAAGAAUUUAAUAGUGGCAUCUGACAAUGUCAUCAAACAAAUGCUGAAUAAUGCUCCACAUACGAUAGUUGCACAGUUACUACCUACGGCUAACUGUCAGUCCAAUUGUAUUUUUGUACAAGAAAAUUUCUAUGCCAAUUUAAUGGAUCGUUUUCGUGUAACUAACGAUUGCAGCCGGCGCACACGUUUCUGGGCGCAUUUAGAGCAUUUGAAAGACGACCAAACGAUUCCGAGCAUUGCUACCAAAGCUCAUAUCUACUUGUUAAAUAACCCAUACGAUUUGCCUGCAGAGGUGUCCGAGUUAAUAUUAAAUAAUUAUUUUAAUACGCCACGACUGCUUCAUCGCGGACACACUUAUCGUAUCGAGGUCAAUGCACAACUAGUGGGUACCGUGGCGUAUGCGCAUUAUUAUUUAAUUUUUGCUUAUUUGAAAAAUGUUCACUUCCGGUGUGCACAUCUUGAACUGAAAGGAAAUGAUUUUGAGAUGCAAUCCAUUGUGGCUAAGAACUUUACAAACCUGGUACAAGUGCCACACACUCAUCACUUUCUACCCAGGCAACUGUUGGACAAUAUUGCAAUUACUGAAAACUAUCCUUCUGGCUUGAGACGUGCUUACCAAUUGCUGCGUAAUUCUAUUGAUGCUUUUCUGCCAAAGAAAUCUGCCUGUUUGUCCUCUAAGCACAUCUAUCCUAUUUUUCUAAUGCAAGGCGAACGUGGUGCAGGCAAAACGAAAUUAACGAAUGCCGUUGCCCAGGAAUUAGGCCUUCACGUGUAUGGUGUCGAUUGUGCGGAAAUAGUAUCACAAGUGCCUUCACAUACAGAAAUGAAAUUGAAAACAGUUUUCGCAAAGGGCGGCGUUAGCGAACCGCUACUAAUAUGUUUUCAUAAUUUUGAGAUAUUCGGCAUCGAUAAUGAAGGCAAUGAGGAUCUACGCUUACUAUCUGCUUUUCAGGUUCAAAUGCAAGAACUUUUUACACACGAUCGCAAACAUCCUAUAGUUAUUGUAGCACUGACUAAUGACAGAUUUCUGAAACCAAUGAUUCAGCGACUUUUCUUAGAAGUCAUCCACUUGGAAACGCCAACAAAAGAGGAGCGUUAUCAAAUAUUGUGUUGGUUACAUGCACGUGAAAUAUUCAACGAUAAAAUUUUUAAUAAAAAGGAGAUUUCGUCCUUGCCAUUAUUCAGCAUCGAGCAACGAGAUCGUUAUAUGUUGCAAAUCUCAAGCAAAUGGUUGGAAGUCAAAUCGGUUUUACGCGAAGUUUCUGAUAAAUCACAAGGUUUCUUGUUGGGUGAUUUACAAAUGUUGUAUGAGAAUGCUAUACGUGCAAUGCGCAGUGGUCGUGAGACUAAGUCAAAUUCUUCUCUGAAAAUGUUGCAUUUCGGGCAACAUCUCAGUGAUAUGCAAAGCUCAUUUGCCGAUAGUCUCGGCGCACCUAAAGUGCCGAAAGUUCUUUGGUCUGAUAUAGGUGGUCUCUCUAAACUGAAGGAUGAGAUUCAGAGUAGUAUCGGUUUGCCAUUAAAGCAUAUGCAUUUAAUGGGUAAGAAUUUAAGACGUUCGGGUAUACUACUUUACGGUCCACCAGGAACAGGCAAAACACUAGUUGCCAAAGCUGUAGCAACAGAAUGUAAUAUAAGCUUUCUAUCUGUACAAGGUCCUGAAUUGCUCAAUAUGUAUGUUGGACAGAGUGAACAAAAUGUGCGUGAGGUGUUUGAUCGUGCCCGUUCAGCUGCGCCUUGUGUACUCUUUUUGGAUGAACUGGACUCUUUGGCACCCAAUCGUGGCGUAGCUGGUGAUUCUGGUGGCGUAAUGGAUCGUGUUGUAUCUCAAUUACUUGCCGAAAUGGAUGCUUUGGGUGAUGCGUCGAAACCGGUAUUCAUUUUAGCUGCCACAAAUCGCCCAGAUCUUAUCGAUCCAGCAUUACUCAGACCUGGUCGGUUUGAUAAACUCUUCUAUGUGGGUCCCUGCACCACAACUGAAGACAAAGCUGCUGUUUUACGCGCACAAACACAACGUUUUAAUCUGGCUGAAAGUUUGAAUUUAAAUGACAUUGCAGAACAACUCAAGGGCGACAUGUCCGGUGCUGAUCUCUAUUCUAUAUGCUCGAAUGCCUGGUUAUCGGCAGUAAGACGUACGGUUGAUAGUCACCACAAAGUUGGAAGCGGUACUGAACAACUAGCCGCUGAGAAUGUACUUGUGGAAUUGGAGGAUUUCACCAAGUCUUUUAACAAAUUUGUACCGUCGAUUAGUAAAAAUGAUUUGGAUUAUUUCAAUCAACUGAAGUCGUCGUAUAGUGUUUAGAUAUUAAUAUGCAGUUGCUAUACUUCAUAACCUUUCUUUUGUUCAGCACAGUUCACUCAAGUACGAAAAAAUGAAAAAGAAUAUAUCAAAAUAUAUUUUGUUACCGUUAAAUAAAA